AUGUCGGAUUCGAAGGUGCCUUACAUGAUUGUAUUUACCAGUUAUUUUCCAUCAAAAGGCAGCACGCCAACAUGGAGUUUUCCGGUUUUUCCAAAAUCCUCCACCAGACAUCGACGUUGAGGCAGUUAACGCGAUUGACGAUUUAUAUGCACUCUGUGACGACCCAAUGACUGUGCCAGUCAAAUUAGUUGAUGCGGACUUAAAGUUUUCGGACAUACCUGGACUUCGUGACUACUUCAUUGAAAAUUCUGGCUUUAUGGUGAUUGGUGUGAUCGGAACACAGGUAUUUGCCCCUUCCGUCAGCUUACCCUGUAUGCUAAGGGAUCGGGAAAGUCUUCCAUUCUCAACCUUAUGGCUAACCGUCUUGACCAGCCUAGUGGUCCUCUGGAUGGUCCUUUUCCCGUCGAGACAGUUCAGUCCUUAGUGAACAAUAAUCCGGCCACGACUGGAAUCGAUAUGUACAUAACUCAGGACAGAGUGAUACUAUUGGACACACAGGUUUUGAUUUCUGUGGCUAGAUUUAUCAUUUUAGCCGCUUCUGUCAUGGUCUGUUACAGAUAUCUACGCCCAGACUGCCAACGAAAACAGUGGUGGCAAGCUAGAAGAAGUAACUCGGAGUGAUCGGUCGAUGACCGUCUGUGCUGGUCCUGGCAAAUGGUCUUCCGAUUUCUUCUCAGAAAUGUCUGCAAUUCAGGUUAGCAAGUAAUACGAACCUUCCCCUCAUGCUGUUCUUUAAAAACUGGUUUAAAUGUCCAGCAAUAGGCUCUUCAGUCCGAGAUAGUCCUUCGCUUUGGUUUCUGCUUUGUCGGCGAGUCCGUACUCCCCUUCAGUGGACUGGCUCCAUCGCUGUUUUUGGUAGGAGGAUCGUUAACUUCUUGGGUUGUGGGCGAAUUUGUGGGCUUCAUGGGUCCGUGUUUCUGCCCGCCCGAACCCUAGUAGAUUAAAUCAAAGCUAAGGCAAUACAUUUUGUGUUUACUAAUGCGUUUACCUAAUCAGGUCAAUGGUUUCACUCCCCUUGUUGAUUUUACCCUGUUCACAAAGGGUUCGAUUUCAAUAGCUUCUUCAUACUCUCUUUUCAGGUGAUUUCGUUUCUGUUUAGCGUCUGUCAUGUGGUUAUCGCUGUUGAAGACAACCUUUCAUCGCCUGAAUUGCAUCGCCUUAUCGAUCGGGCGGUGUCUUUGAAACCGCUUCUCCAUGUCGAAGAUGUCCUUCUUAACCCACAGAUCACUGGCUAUUGCCCAUCCCGUCCUCAGGCAGCCAAACUGGCUUCUAGCAAUCUUCAGCCGCAGUCCAGUAAAGCCC